AUGUCUGAUAAUCCUAAACGUAUUAAAUGGUCCUCACCAGCUGAGGAUGAAGAACGAGCCAAUAAUAGAAAGUUGAUUAUUGGAUUGGCAAUUGGUGCAACUGUUGGUGUUGUGGCAUUGGCACUUAUAAUGCGUUAUAAGGUGGCAGCACCACAUCAGUACUUGGUAAAGACUGGUCUUGGUAUCACUGAUAUGGCCGUGUCCAAAAAGACCUUUAUGUGGCCAUUCCAAGAGUUGCGAUACAUCUGUAUGAAUCCACGCAACUACUCAUUCAAACUGCACAACAUGUCCAAGGAGAGUGUUGAGUUCCACCUGCCCGUCGUCUUUACCAUCGGCCCAACCGACCCCAACCGCGACCUCGAGGGCUUCAAGAGCUACACGCGUCUGCUCUCUGACAUCUCCUACGAGGACAUGGCCCACACGAUCAACGGUGUGAUCCAGGGUGAGACCCGUAUACUCUCUGCCAACAUGACCAUCGAAGAGAUGUUUGCCGAUCGCGACAAGUUCAGGAACUCUGUGCAGGACAAGAUCGGAGUGGACUUGGCUAAAUUUGGUCUUCAAAUCUACAAUGCCAACAUCGAAGAGAUGAGCGAUGCUCAGGGCAAUGAGUACUUCAAGUACCGUCGUCAACAGGCGUUGCAAGGCGCCGUCAAUCAGGCCCGUGUCGCAGUGGCCGAGGCCAAGAAGCUGGGUGACAUUGGAGAGAAUGAGCGCAAGGCCGAGUCGAGAAGACGUAUCGCAGAGGUGGAGGCUGAGACUGUCCUCGUGGAGAAUGAUCGUCGCAGGAUGAUUGCCGAGUCAGAGACGAAGCUAAAGUUGGCCCAGAUCGAUUUUGAAAAGUCCCAGCGCCAGUCACAGAUUGAGGCAACACUUGGAGUCGAUCAGAGACAGAUGGAGUUGCAGAAGGAGCUAGAGAUCAAGCGUCUGGACCAGCAAACUUCCCAGCACCGUGCCAAUCUCAUGUCCAAGACUGCGAUUGAUGUGGAGGCCAAGAUCCGAGAGGCUGAAGGUUAUGCUCAGGCCACUGUCAAGAGGGCAGAGGGUGAUGCCAUGGCCAAGAUCAAGGCUGCUGAGGGUACUGCGACGGCCAAUGUAAAGAUGGCCGAAGCCGAUGCCGCUGUCAAGAUCAAGUCUGCCGAGGGUGAGUCCGUUUCGAUCAAGCUGUUGGCCGAAGCUCAAUUGGAGAAGGAUCAAAAGACAGGUGCAGGUGCCAAGGCUCAACUGCUACAGGAGGCCGAUGGUCUAACACAGUUCAACAACAACCCUCUUGCUCCAUUCUACUUGGGUCUCAAGAGUGGACUGUACAAGGAGCUGGCUGAAGCCAAUGCCAAGGCAAUCAAUGGACUACAGCCAAAGAUCAAUAUAUGGAACACUGGAGCAGCUGAUGGUCAAUCCAACACAUUCUCACCAAUCCAGAACCUGUUCCAGACUCUCCCACCAAUGCUUGAUGUGAUCCAGCAGCAGACAGACAUCAAGCUACCAUUCAUCACCGCGACACCACCACAAACUCCAUCUCCGUCUAUGGCGACUGAUCAUAGUAACAUCAACCUAGGCAACAGCAGUAGUAGCAGCAACAACAACAAGACAAUCAAGAUAUAA